CUUUUACUCUUGCAUCAAUAGGUUAUAUUGGCAAGUUUCGUUUGUUUCAGAUACCAUACAAAAGUAGAUUGUAUUUCAAUAUUCGUUAUUGUUAAUUGGCUUAGUGUGCAAUUGGCAUUUACAGCAAUGGAAAUCGAUUCCGAAUUUCCUUAGUCACUAAAGGCUCCUUAAUAUCAUGGCAAGUUUUUUGAGGUUCUGAAAUAACUAAAAAAGAGUUGCAUCAUUUUUUGUGUUGGUUCAAAAACAAGAAGUUCCUAUACUCAUAAACUUCUUCGAAGAUUCUAAGCAAUAAUAAGAGAUUAAAAAUGGUUAACGAAUACACCGGACCACCUGCUCAAGAACUUGAAACUUUUUUGCCAAAGGAUGCAAAAAAUGGAGCAUCAAAGUACAAGAUCACACCUGCCGGUGAAAAACCCGAUGUGGAAACGGCAACCGCCGGGUCAUUUGACCCGUUUAAGGAGCGAAACUGUGAACAUCCAACAACAGAUGGGGAAACACUAACUCAUCUGUUGAAAGCAUCGCUAGGCACUGGAAUUUUGGCUAUGCCAGUCGCCUUUAGUUAUGCUGGUUUGGCAGGUGGAAUCAUUGCAACGAUCCUUACAGCUCUUGUCUGUACGCACUGUGCUUAUGUUCUGGUCAAAUGUGCUCAUACACACUACUACAGAACAAAAACUACAGCUAUGUCCUUUGCUGAUGUGGCUGAAAUAUCGCUAAAAAACGGACCUCAAUGGGGACGAAGGUGGAGCACAUUUAUUCGCCAGUGUAUUACGUAUGGAUUAUUUAUAACAUAUUUUGGAACAUGCGCUGUAUACACAGUUAUCAUUGCGAGGAACUUUCAACAGGUUAUUGAACAUUACACGGGUUCUGAAUUGAAUCUAAGAGUUAUGAUUGCGUUGCUCUUAAUUCCACUGAUCUUACUGUCAUGGAUUCCAAAUUUGAAAUACUUAGCCCCAGUAUCGAUGGUGGCGAAUGUUUUCAUGUGCGUUGGAUUGGGAAUAACUUUCUACUAUCUAGUGACUGAUAUGCCACCACUGUCCGAAAGACCAAUGUUCGUUAAUGUUCUGCACUGGCCACCAUUUUUUGCCAUCGUUAUAUUUGCAAUGGAAGCAAUCGGAGUUGUUAUGCCUUUAGAAAAUCAGAUGAAAACGCCUAAAAACUUUAUUGGAAUUUGUGGAGUCCUGAAUCAAGGCAUGGGAGGAGUAACUCUCGUAUACAUCUUGCUAGGAUUCUUGGGCUAUGUACGAUACGGCGACCAAGCAGAAGGAAGCAUAACACUAAAUUUGCCAGUAGAGGAAAUUCCUGCACAAGCUGUAAAAAUUCUGAUCGCUUUGGCUGUAUAUUGCACAUUUGGAUUACAAUUUUACGUUUGUCUUGACAUUGCGUGGGUUGGAAUCAAAGACAAAUUCACGAAACGACCGACGUUGGUCAAUUAUACUAUGAGGACAAUUCUAGUAACGGCGGCGGUUCUGUUGGCUGUGGCAGUUCCCACAAUUGGUCCCUUCAUUGGCUUGAUAGGAGCGUUUUGUUUCUCGAUACUUGGUCUGCUCAUUCCUAUUCUCAUCGAAAUGGUGACUUUUUGGGAGCAAGGAUUUGGAAAGUUCAACUGGAUUAUUUGGAAAAAUGUUUUAGUAUGCAUUUUCGGUAUAAUGGCACUCAUAUUUGGAUCUAAAAGUUCAAUUGAGGACAUUCUCAAAUUAUAUAUCUAGAAGACUGGGAGUUAUGUUUCAAAUUGCUUUAAACCACAUGUAAUAGCAAAAGUGCUGAGCACAAAAUGCAUUGAAUUGAUUUGCUUUUCCUAUUUUUCAUAACUCAAUAAAACGAAAAGACAACAACCACUGAAUGCAAGUGCCUAAUAGUUAACGAACAAACCAUUCAGAAGGCCUUCGCAAGAAACAAUCAUAGUCUUUCUUUUUUACAUACAUACACAUUUGUAAAACAAAACAAACAUAAAAAUUACGAUUGGCAUUAUGUUAUAUGUAACGCAAGAACAAAUACAAACUGAUUUUGGUUUAAAUAUUGUAAGAACUUUUUGAAAUUAUAAAUUCAAACUAACAUAACAAUAAAAUUACGCAAGGCAAUGAAAUAGUUCCAAUGAUUUUCCACCAUUUAUAAUGUACGGUUUCCUGAAAAAAAAAAUACGUUGCUCCUGUAUUGUAGCAAACAUGUGUGGGCUAUCUUCAAACUUUACAAAAUAAAUGAAAACAAUUUAGUUUUAAUGAUUUCAUUUUUGACUAAUUGCCAAAUUCUGAUCUGACAAACACAUACAAAUGUGCGAGCUUUCUUCUCUCACACUUUUUUUUUGCAUAAAUGUAAGAAUCAGUUAACGCAAUUUUUUCAGAUGAGAAUUAUUUUUAUUUCUUUUCACUUGAACUUCCUUAUCACUGGCUCCCCGUUCAUUUGAGUUUGUUAUUAUUGUCGAUUGUCUGCUUUGUAAGCAGGCCAGGUAUCGAACGCCCAUUUACCGAAAUAGUCUUGAAUAUUUCUUUUUAUAAAAGAUAUUGUCAUUUUGAAAUAAACACAAAGCAAUCCGAAAGCCCCUAAAAAUAUAACGUAGUCUGUUAAACAUUUUUCUAACAUGAAUAAUCUGACCAUCCAUGAUAACAUCUCCAUGUUUUUGGCACAACAUAUUUAACCUAUUCUGUCGUCAGAGGAGGAAACUGCUCUUGCUCUCAUAAAAAAAAAAACAAUUAAUACGACUUAACAAAAAUAUUUCGUGGGUUUUGUUCUUAGAUAGUUUGCAAAUGUUUUUUUUUUCAAAUUAAUUUGCUAACAAGUAUUUUUGAAGGAUAGACUUUCAGUCUAGAUGUUUUAUAAUUUUCUAAACCUUAGAAAAUUGCUUGGGCCCAUAUUAGUUCAUUUUGCGCAGAAUAGUCAAGUGUCACAUGGAAAUUUUAAAAAGAAGAAAUGAAGUUGAUGCCUUAAACAAAUUGGAAUUCCAUGCAAUUCACCGUAGGCUGAUUGAUAGUAAUUAUUUAAGCUUCAAAAUGUAAAAGAAACACAUUACAUACAUACAUACAAAUAAAUUUUUCAUAAAACAUA